AUGUAUAUCUCCACCUGUACCAAACCACAGUGCCUGGUGGAGGUUUACUUGUCCUGCUCUGUAAUGUGUCACCUCUAUGACAAACUUCCUGACGUAGCACUGAGUAAGCCAAGAACGCCCUACACCAGUCACCUCUAUGACAAACUUCCUGACGUGGCACUGAGUAAGCCAAGAACGCCCUACACCAGUCACCUCUAUGACAAACUUCCUGACGUGGCACUGAGUAAGCCAAGAACGCCCUACACCAGUCACCUCUAUGACAAACUUCCUGACGUGGCACUGAGUAAGCCACGAACGCCCUACACCAGUCACCUCUAUGACAAACUUCCUGACGUGGCACUGAGUAAGCCACGAACGCCCUACACCAGUCACCUCUAUGACAAACUUCCUGACGUGGCACUGAGUAAGCCACGAACGCCCUACACCAGUCACCUCUAUGACAAACUUCCUGACGUGGCACUGAGUAAGCCACGAACGCCCUACACCAGUCACCUCUAUGACAAACUUCCUGACGUGGCGCUGAGUUAG